AUGGAUAGAUUCGACGGUGAGAAUCCACGAGGAUGGGUACAGAAAAGUGAGAGGUACUUUCAUAUUCACAGCACAGAAGAGAAUCAGAAGGUUAGUGUUGCCUCCAUAUUCUUAGAAGGUAAGGCUGAUAAAUGGUUCCUUAAUUUUCAAAUUGGAAAACCUUUUUUAUCUUGGAGAGAAUUGGCUGAUGGUGUUUGUGCUAGAUUUGAAAAUCCUGUGGAUGACAAUUUUAUAGGUAGUUUUAACAAAUUGUGUCAAGUAACUACUGUGGAAGAGUACUUUGAACAAUUUGAAUCUCUUAAGGCUCUUAUGCUAAGUAGUAACCCCCAUUUAAAUGAGCAAUACUUUGUAAUGAGUUUCAUUAGUGGGUUGAAGACUGAAAUAAAGAACUCCGUGUUGAUGUUCCAACCACCUACACUAUUGCAAGCUUUUUCAUUAUCCAGAAUGCAAGAGCAAAAAUGUGUUCAACAACCUAAGCCCUCAAAGCCAUUCCAGAGAUCAUUUACCAACUCAUUUUCCAACACAAGGCCAUAUCAGGCUUCAUUAUCUCCAUUUCCCCCUAAGCCUAUUCAAACUACUACCACUGUUUCUAGCCCUUUUACACCCAAAUCAGGCAACUCCACACCAAAAUCCAGUCCACCACUUCCACCUAUUAAAAGAUUAACACAGGAACAAAUGACGGUUAGAAGAGAGAAAGGACUGUGUUAUAACUGUGAUGUAGUUUACACUCCAGGCCACAUUUGUAAGAGACAACAACUGUUUAUGGUCCAGGUAGAGAAACCAGAGUCUUCUGAGGAAGCAGAAGAAGAAGUCUUUGAAGAAACUGUUGAAUCUCCAGUGGAAUCUGACAUGGAUAUAUCCUUACAUGCUCUCACUGGUGCUGUUGCUGGUGACACUAUAAGGAUUCCUGGAACCAUUAAGAGGCACAAGGUAUCAAUACUUAUAGAUACUGGAAGCACUCAUAGCUUCAUUGAUUGUGAAUUGGCAAGGAAAUUAAAUUGCUCCAUCAGUCCCACAGGGCACAUGUUGGUGAUUGUUGUUAAUGGGGAUAAAACUAAUCAUCACUUCACAGAAGAUUUAAGGAUAUUACCUUUAGGAGGUUGUGAUAUGAUGUUGGGAGCAUAUUGGCUGAGAAGGUUAGGUGACAUCACUUUUAACUUCUCUAAAUUAAGCAUUGCAUUCAAAUAUCAAGGCAAGAAGAUUGUACUUAUUGGUGAACCUGAAUACCCAACCUUGAGCAUAAUGAGUAGUGAAGCUGCAGAAAAGUACUUCAGCAAGAACAAUCAUGGAAUGGUGGGCCAACUAUUCUCCAUUACCCCACAAUCUUCCAGUUCCCUCACUCCUCCAUCCAUACUUCCACUAUUACAAGAAUUCCAAGAUAUAUUUGAGGAACCCAAACAACUGCCACCCACUAGAAAUUUGGAUCAUACCAUACCCCUCAAACCAAAUUCAACACCCACUAUCCAAAGGCCUUAUAAAUGCCCAUACACACAAAAGGGGGUAUUUGAACAACUUGUGAAAGAAAUGCUCAAUUCAGGCAUCAUCCAACCCAGUCAUAGUCCCUUUGCUUCCCCCAUUUUUUUGGUUAAGAAGAAGGAUAAUACAUGGAGGUUCUGUGUGGACUAUAGGAAGUUGAAUGACAUCACAGUCAAGGAAAAAUUUCCAAUUCCAGUCGUUAAGGAGCUUCUAGAUGAACUAAAUAGAGCAAUGUACUUCACUAAAAUUGAUCUGAGGACUGGCUAUCAUCAGAUAAGAGUCCAUGUGGCAGAUAUUCACCAAACAACAUUUCGAACUCACCAAGGACAUUAUGAGUUCAAGGCCCUCAUGAAUGAGGUUUUUCAAGAACAUUUGAGGAAGUUCAUUCUGGUCUUCUUUGAUGAUAUUUUGGUUUAUAGUUCUUCCCUACAAGAGCACUUGAAGCACCUCCAAAUUACUUUUUCCUUGUUGAGAGCCCACAAGAUAUUUGCAAAGUUAUCUAAAUGUUGUUUUGGACAAACAGAGCUAGAAUACCUUGGUCACAUUAUCACUGCAGAAGGAGUCAAGACUGAUCCAACCAAGAUUGCAUGCAUGAAAGAAUGGCCUACACCAACUAAUAUUAAAGAGCUAAGGGGGUUCCUAGGGCUCACUGGCUAUUACAAAAAAAAAUUUCAAGGAUAUGGAGCAAUUAGCAGACCCCUAACUGAGCUUCUGAAUAAGAACUCCUUCUUAUGGAGUGAGUCAGCUACCAUGGCCUUUGAACAACUCAAAGAAUCCAUGACUAACACACCAGUACUUGCCUUGCCAUACUUUUCAAAGCAGUUUACUGUUGAGACUGAUGUUAGUGAUUUUUGUGUGGGGGAUGUGUGGACCCAAGAAGGGAAACCAAUUGCUUUUUUCAGCAAAGGGUUGAGGCCAAGAGCAAAAGCAUUAUCAAUAUAUGAGAAUGAGUUAAUUGAUGUAGUUAUGGAUGUCAACAAAUGGAGAAGGCCACAUGAAAAUGCUGCAUGUAGCUCUCUAGCACUCUCCAAGCCAAAUUGGAAUCUUGAUAUCCUCUCCAGCUAUGCUCAAUAUACCAAGGCACAACAACUCAUUGCUCAGACCCUUGCAUCAUCUACUGACAAUGGUAAAUUUUCAGUAAAAGAAGAAGUAUUGAGGUACAAGGAAAUGAUUUAUGUGGGGAAUAACAACCAGGUCAGAAGCACCAUUUUGGAGUCCAUACAUACUUCUGCAGUUGGUGGACACUCAAGCAUACAAGCUUCUUAUGUCAGGGAAAGAGGUAUUUUUACUGGUCUGGCUUGA